GAUAUUUUUUGGAUAAUCGGAAGUGGCAAGCAUAAAUUGACAACAGCUGGCGGCGGAAGAAGUAGCAAUAGAGGAGUCUGUCCCACUCUUAAUUCCAAGAUUGUUUUUGUUUUCGCAAAAAAUGGAAUCCUAAACUGCUUACGGUGCGGGAGCAUGAGCCACCAGUCUCCUCAGGGCGCCACCCGGCGCACUCCCACCGCGACUCCAGACUCCUCUAUUGGUUCUAGUUUACAGCAGCUGUCACCCGGUUUUGCGGGCAAUCUUCCCCGAUCACUGGUCGGGGCACAACGAUACCCCCGGCUUAUGCCAGGCAUCGGCACCUUCGGUUUGGGUGGCCGCGCGGCUUUUGACUUUGACGGCCCCGACGCCGGCAAAACGCCCUCGUUGCUCGACAUGAGCGAGUUCCCUACCCUCGGAAAUCGCGGUGACGCGAUGGUCACCCCCAACCCCACCCCAAUCAGGAACCCGUAUGGCAUGUUCAACAUCAUGAAGCAGCAGGAGGCCUCCGAGUUCAAUAUAUCUUCUGAAGACUUUCCUGCCCUGCCGGGCACAGCGCAGAGAAAUCGAAGGGCCUCGUCCGAUGAUAAACCCUCAGUGGGAGGCCCGACGAAUGCUCUCUCGCAAUCCCUGGGUGGAUCAGGGUCUGUCGAUGCGAGCAGGGCAAGUCGAGCGCCUGGUGCGGAGAGACAGGCGGCUCAGGAGCGAGGAAUUCAGACGCAUCCCGACGGCCGAGUGAGCAACAUUCCAGCCAGCAUGCUCAAAGACCAGUUUGGCAUUACUGGCCUUCUUUCCUUCAUCAGAGUGGCAGAAAAUCAGUCAGAUCUUGUCAGUCUUUCGCUUGGCCAAGACCUGAAGACGUUAGGAAUGAAUUUGAAUUCCGUUGAGUCUGUUUACCCAAACUUUGGAGGCCCUUUUGCGGAAAUGCCGUGUCGACCGCAAGAUAUUGACUAUCACGUCCCCAGCGAGUAUCUCAUCAACUCUUCAAUCAGAAACAAACUGCCGGCGCCUAAAUUGUCCAUGUACAAAGAUGACUUGCUCUUCUAUUUCUUCUACAACUGCCCAGGAGAUGCGAUUCAGGCAGCGGCAGCAGUCGAGUUGUAUAACAGAGACUGGAGGUACCACAUGGAAGAAAAGGUUUGGCUGACUAGAGCGCCUGGAGCGCCGUUGUUGGAAAAGACUGCGACAUACGAGCGUUCAACCUACUACAUCUUUGAUCCACAGCGGUGGGGGAAAUUUGGCAAAGAGUUCCUACUCGAGUAUGCCAAGCUUGAGGACAGACAGGGCGUCGCGCCGCAUGUCUUCAUGCCUCAGACAGUCUCAACUGCACCUUCGCAGGCGUCUGCAGCUUCUGCGUAUGUCACACCCAUGGAGCAGAUGCUGCAGCUCAACUGAGCAGUCAGUUAAUUUGCCUUGAAGAGCAGUGAUGUGAUGUUUCAGUUACUUUGAGGUCUUACAAGGACGAUUUUCAGUAUGAUGCAUUCUUUGUACAAUUUAUAAAUGAAUGAUUGAUGGAUCAUUAAAAGGUGGUUUACUCAUUAA